AUGGUCUUCACAAAGUUCAUCCUACCCGCAUUCGCGUUGGCGAGCUCCGUCCUCGCACAAUCAAAUUCAAGUGAUAUCUGCGAUGGCCCUUCUAUCACGAUCGCCAGCAGUGCCGAUGCUCAACAGAUUGCUGGCUGCGAGACCUACGAUGGAGACGUGACCAUCGACUCGUCCGCCGCAGGCCAAAUCGCAAUCAACGGUGUCCAACAAAUCACUGGUGAUGUGAAAUGCAACAAUGCCACCCAAUUGACUGCCCUCACCUCGGACCAGCUCAAUUCCAUUGGCGGCAUCUUCAGUUUGACCGGGUUGACCAUUCUAUCCACCCUCCAAUUCAACUCUCUUACCGCUGUCAACCGAAUCAACUGGGUCGGCCUUCCUGCCCUGCAGAGCUUGAACUUCGACCAAGGUGUUUCCAAGUCGAACCAGAUCUACAUUUCCAACACGCAAUUGAACAACAUCAACGGCAUCGAAUUGACCGCUGUUGGAAGCAUGGAUAUUAACAACAACCCCUACCUUACAAGCGUCAAUGUCAACGACCUGACCAACGUCACCACUUCGCUUUCCUUCUCGGCAAAUGGUCGUGACCUGGAGAUCAGUUUCCCCAACCUGCAGGAUGCCGCCAACCUGACCUUCCGAAACGUGAGCAAGGUUGACAUGCCGUCUCUUGCCAACGUUGCAGGCUCCAUGGGUUUUUACUCUGACUCCUUCGAGACCUUCUCUGCUCCCAACCUGACCCAGACUGGUGGUACACUGGCUGUUGUUGACAGCCCUGACCUGGCCAACCUGUCUUUCCCGUCCCUCACCCAGAUCGGUGGCGGUUUCUUGGUUGCCAACAAUACCAACCUCAAGGCCAUAAGCGGUUUUCCCAAAUUAAAGACUGUUGUCGGUGCUCUCGACUUCACUGGUACAUUUAACAGUGUCAAACUGCCUUCGCUCACUGAUGUGAGGGGUGGAUCCAACGUCCAGACCAAGUCUACCAACACCAGUAUCUGCGACCUGUUCGACCAGGCCCAUGACAAGGGUGUCAUCAAGGGUGUCAACACCUGCAUCACUGGAAAGGCCAACCCUGAGACCAAUCCAUCUGCUACCCAAGGCGGUAGUACUUCUGCUUCCCCAUCGGCAACGGGCAAGGCUAAAAACGCUGGUGUCACCUUCGGCGCAAGCACACCAUUGACCGGCCUCAGCGCUCUCAUUGCCGCCAUCCUCUUCAUCUAA